AUGGCUACGAAUCUUCCACCACCGAAAGCUCUUUGUCUAUUGGGAAAUGCAAGUGAGAAUUUCAAGUUGUUCAAGCAGCAGUACGAAUUAUAUGUGAACGCCAUUGGAUUAUCUACUGCCAGUAAGGAAAGGAGAAGUGCUAUACUGCUAAAUCUCACAGGUGAGGAGGCGCUGAAAAUCUACAAUGGCUUCACAUGGGCUCCAGCGGUAGGUGACCCCGAAGGGGAGGAACAUGUACCAGCAGAGGACAAACUGGAUCCGGAAUUAAUUCUGGAGAAAUUCCAGAGGUUCUGCACGCCGAAAACAAAUGUUACUUAUGAACGUUACAAGUUUCACAGGUAUACGCAAUCAGAAGGUGAGAGUUUCGAUAAUUUCUUAUCACAAAUUAACACUCUCGUGUCUACGUGUGCCUACGGUGAACUAAAGGACGAUUUUGUCAGAGAUAAGAUCGUAUUGGGUAUAAAUAGUGAUAAGGUCAGAGCACGGCUGUUGAGAGAUGGUGAACUGACUUUAGAAAAAGCGAUAAAUGAGUGUAGAGCAGAAGAAUGUUCUGGAAGGUGGGCUCAGGAUAUAAAAGGAGAGACUUCUAAAGUGCAGGCAGUUCAACAUAGGCGGAAAGGAGGCCCUCGUGACAAGGGACCACGUAGUAACAGGCAGCAAAGAAGUGCAUCAAAUUGCUCCCAGGCGUCGAAUAGCCGGUCAUGCCGGUGGUGUGGAAAGGAGGUGCACCCCAGAGAAAGAUGCCCUGCAAAAGACAGUAAAUGUAACAAGUGCAAACGCCCAGGACAUUGGGGCAAGGUCUGCAGGAGUACUAAAGGAAAAGGGUCUGUACAAGAGGUAGCAGAAGUGCAGUCUGACUCAGAUGAGUACUACUUCUUAGGAAGCAUCAGUGAUGAAAGUUACUCUAUUGAGAGUAUCAACAACAGGAAACGUAGGAGUGCAUGGUUUACGAAAGUCCAGGUGUCAGGUCAGAGCCUGAAAUUUGCUGUUGAUACUGGAGCAGAUGUGACAGUCAUUUCCAAAGCUGUGUAUGAUACACAGUUUUCACACUUCAUUUUGCAGAAGCCUGACAGGCCUCUUAGUGGCCCAGAUCAAAGCAACCUUUCAACUCUUGGAUUCUUUACUGCAGAACUAAAGAAAGGUGAUCAGACAAUCACAGAGGAUAUAUAUGUGUUCCCCAAAGGCUCUCUAUUGCUAGGUAGAGACGCUUGUGCAGAUCUAGGUGUCGUUAAGUUCAUUGGAAAAGUUACGUCAGAUCCUAUUCAGUCAGCGGAGUUCGGAUCAAUGUUCAAAGGCUUAGGAAAGCUAGAAGGAGAAUAUAAGAUUAAGAUCGAGCAAAACGCAGAGCCAUACAGUGUGAUGACUCCCAGGAGGAUAUCUAUUCCACUACUUCCUCUAGCCAAAGCUGAACUUGAAAAGCUUAUCGAGCUAGAUGUUAUAGAACGGUGCACAGAAACAUCGGAAUGGUGUUCUCCUAUGGUCGUGGUGCCUAAAGGAAAUGGCAAAGUGAGGAUCUGUGUGGAUCUCACGAAGCUUAACGAAGUAGUGAAGAGAGAAAGAAUCAUGCUCCCCACAGUGGAUUAUACAAUUGCUCUGAUGGGAGGUGCUAAGGUUUUCUCUAAACUGGAUGCCAAUGCGGGCUUCCACCAAAUCUGCUUGGAUGAAGAUUCAAGGAAACUGACCACGUUCAUCUCACCAUUUGGUCGAUUUCGAUAUAAGUGA